GCAGCCUGCGGGAGGUCGUGUUUGCAGGUGAGCGGACUGGAGCUGCGGUUGCAGGUGGUGUUGAGGCCGGGGCGAGGGCGAGGGCUGCGCAAGAACUGGAUUCAAUGUGAUAAGCAGUGAAUCCGUUCCCCUUCGCCGUGUGUUGUCUUGCUGCCGCCGGGGUAUUAGAUGCACCGCGGCCGCUGCGAGCUAUUGUCUGUGAAUUCCUAUGCAUCGCUGUCUGGCUUCACGCAGUGACUUGAGGAUAAUCAAAUUGUGAAACAGCUACAUCAUAUCAAAGCCUCAGGAUCACCCAAUGACAACCUUAUGCCUCAUACCUCCCAUCAUCAGUUGCAACACCGGGCGGGUAGAGGAGAAAACUCACGAAUUGAUGCAAUGUACCAAGUUGUGCCAGGAAGUCUACCUACAGCUCGGGAGAAAAAAUCCAAAGAAGCUAAGCCUUUAAUCUGUUCUGUUUUGCUUGGUGUAUUGCUGAUAAUUUCAGCUGUCGUGGCAUGGUGCUAUUAUUCAGCAUCACUGAAAAAAUUAAGCUAUUUUAAUGUAGAAGAAUUGGAGCUCUAUAAGGAUGGAUUUGUCAUUAAGAAGACUGACAGUUCGGUUUUAUUUGAAAUGGGCUUCAAAUCUGCUCCCAUCGAUCUUGAGUCAUGUCUUCAAGAUGAGACUGGACUCCGGUUAAAUUGCACACGCUCAAAUAAAGAAGAAGUUGAUUUCUUUAUUGAAACCUUUAAGCACAAAGAUUCCAUGACUUGCUACAACAUCAAGUGGCGAACAAUGGUACUGAACUCCACGGUUGAACACUGCAUGUAUUGGGCAGGUGGACAUUGGUAUGGAGGAGGCGAGACUAGUUCACAGCACUGGCCUAUUAAACUUUCAGGUGUACUAGAUCCAAAGCCAUACGUAACAGCUGAUAUGUAUUCAUUGCGUGAAGGCUUUGGUGGAAUUAUAGAAAGAUACUGGCUCUCGAGUAAGUCCAUAGCCAUUCGAGUUAGUGAUUCAGUCCCUCUGCAUAUUGGUUGGAAUAGCUCUAAUAGAGAAGCAUUCUGUUUGCUUGCCAGAUACAAAGAUUCUCCAUUUAAAGCACCAAAAGGACAACAGCCAUUUGUAGAGCUAAGUUAUCAAGUCUGCACUGGUUCUGAUUUGAAAAUUGUCCACCGAUACAUGGCCAAAAGAUAUUUCAAAAAGCCUGAGGCCACACCUUCAGAAGUUAUGUUCAUGUAUCCCAUAUGGUCUACCUGGGCCAUGUACAAAACCGAAGUGAACCAGGAUAAGGUGUUGCGUUAUGCAGAAAAAAUUAAGAAAUACAAAUUCAAUUGCAGUCAUAUUGAAAUAGAUGAUAGAUACUCCAGUAGCUAUGGUGAAUUUGACUUUGAUUCGGUGAAGUUCCCAAAUGCUUUGGAAAUGAUGCAAAAACUUAGGGAAGACGGAUUCCAGGUGACCCUGUGGGUCCAUCCCUUUGUGAACUAUAACUCUCCAAAUUUUGUUAAGGGUAUAGAAAGUAAAUAUUUUGUGAUGGACCCCAGUGGGAGGCUUCCUGGUCUUGUGGAAUGGUGGAAUGGAAUUGCAGCAGUCUUGGACUUCACCAAUCCUGAGACUAAAAAUUGGCUUCAGAAAAGAUUGGAGCACAUGAAAUCAAAGUAUGGGAUUGUAUCUUUUAAAUUUGAUGCAGGAGAGACCAGUUACCUUCCUGUCGAAUUUAGCACUCAGAAACCUCUGUCUGAUCCCAGCAUCUAUAGUAAACUGUAUGCAGAAAUAGCAGCUUCUCACUGCAAAGUGGGCGAAGUGAGGAUAGGAUAUAGGACCCAGGUGCUUCCAUGUUUUGUUCGUAUGAUCGACCGUGAUUCUGUUUGGGGUUAUGAACUUGGUCUGAAGUCUCUCAUUCCUACUGCCCUCACCAUGAGUAUUUUGGGAUACCCCUUCAUAUUGCCUGAUAUGAUUGGGGGAAAUGUCUAUCCAAAUAAAACUGAUGGGUCUGACGAGAUUCCAGACCAAGAGCUUUAUAUACGGUGGCUUGAAUUAUCAGCGUUUCUUCCAGCCAUGCAAUUUUCCAUCCCUCCUUGGCGAUACGAUGCUGAGGUUUUGAAGAUUGCAGCUAAAUUUACCCAGCUCCGAGAAAGAAUAAUUGGGCCCCUUCUAUUCCAACUAGCGGAGGAGGCCACUAAAACAGGUAAUCCGAUUAUCAGGCCCCUAUGGUGGAUAGCUCCUGAUAGUGAAGAUGUACACAAAAUAGAUACACAGUUUCUGAUCGGUGACGACUUUAUGGUAGCUCCCGUUCUAGAAAAGGGCAAACAAGCAAGAGAUAUCUAUCUUCCAGACGGUAAAUGGCAAAGUUUUAAUGGAGACAUUUUUGCUAAUACACCAAUUCUCUUAACAGACUAUGCGGUUAGCCUUGAUGAAGUGGCCUAUUUUAAAAGAAUGAUUUAAAUAAACUUUCUCUUUAAUUUGGGCUAAUUCAGAUAGCCCAGUUACAAUUGUUUAUCUAGCAAGUGCAUUUUAGAUCCACUGUUUGUAUCUGAAUUCAGAUAAUAUACAAUUUCAGGAUUAUUUGCAUCCAUAUUUUAUUACUUUGCGUGGUCUGUCUUAACUGCUGUUAUGUAGAAUAACCCCAUACUCUGAGUUUUUAGUAUUUCCCCUCUCUGAACCAAUUCUGUUUUUAGCACAACACUUCAUAUAGAAAAUAGCUUAAUGGUUCAUUUUAAAAUUCAAACAGACAUCCAUAUAUUAUUAAGAAUAUUAUGGGUGUAGUGUAGGUAAUAAGAAUUUUUAAGAGAAACUAGAGUUCUUUUUGUUGAUUAUUGCAAGGAAUCCUGAAUCUUUUUUUUAAAAAAAAGCAAAAGAUCAAAUAUUAUGUAUUGAACAAGAUUAUAGGCAGUUAAGUCAAAAUUUAACAUGGAAUAAUCGACAUCCAGGAGAUACAGGAAUAUUAACUAUUUGGGAAAGGGUAAAAGGUGUGGCAAAUGUAAUUCAAAUUAUUUAUUUCUGGGUUGUAAGGUAUCUUCUAAAUUCAUUUUAAAAGAUCUGUUACAUAGGUUGGGAAAGAGGAGAAAUUACCGUAAAAUUCUGGGUUGUAACUUUGGAAACUGAAAAUGAAAGUAGGUGAAUCUAAGCAAAGCUUUGGUUGAGAGUGAAUGCUGUGAAAAUUUUGGAAUCUAAUUUGAACUUCAUCGGGAUAAUGGGAAGAGUAUAAUUGCAAGAUGUACAGAAAACCUAGAUCUUCAUUCAUUGUAGAAGGGCAUUAAAUAGGAAAACAUUCCUGGAAAAUGUGAGAAUAUAUGAAAAUUUAUUUAUGUUGGCUGCUAAAUCGGUAACAAAAAUGCAUGGUCUUUACAAUCACACACAUUUACAGUCCCUUGAUUUUCAAUAAGAAAUAAGCCAUUCAGCUAUAUCUGCCUACUCUGCCAUUCAAUAGGAUUGCACACGAUCUUUUACCUCAACCACACUUCACUGCCUUCACCCCAUAUCCAUUGGUUCCAUAAUAUCUGAAAGUUUGUUAAUCUCUGUCUUAAAUACUCUACAGUUCUGAGUGGAGAAUAAUACAGCUUCGUGACCCUUUUAGUAAAGAAAUUCUUUCUCACCUUCACCUGACCCCUGACGUUGGAACUGUGAUCACUGAUACUAAACACCUCAGUAAUAAUUGCACUACCAAAUUAUGCUGCAGAAUUCCUUGAGAUUUACAGCAUAGAUGUAGAGUUUAAGAUUUUUUCUUAAAAGCUUCCUGGCUGCACUUGUGCGGAAUAUUGGCUUUCAUUGAAAUAGCUCAGGUACAAUCGCAUUCAUACAGUGCCUUUAAUUUAAUAAAAUCUGAAGUUGUGCAGUACAUUUCUCUAGACCGCACUCAAACUGAUUUGACUCCAUCUCAUAUAAUGUGUAAAGAUUAAUUUGCAAAAAGGUCAAUCAAAGGAUUGAUUAUAAAAGGCUGAAAGGGAUAGUGAUUCAAAGAAACAAACCAUUUAUGGUGUUUAGUAAAGAUUUGAUGAUUCAGGAUUCAUUUGUGGCAGGGGAGUUGAAUUAACCAUCAAUAGUAACUGGAAGCUACUGAAACGAUAAAAGAGGCCGUGAACACUGCAACGGAUGGAGGACCUUCAUUGCUACCCUUAGUACCAGUGGCAUAUCGGGCAAAAGAGAGAGAGUAGCUGAGAUUUACUGCUUUUUUUAAUACUUUGACUUGACCCAAUAAGCUUUAAAUGUAUAACUUAAUUCAGAUUGAACAAUCUUGAAGUAUGAGACACAGAGAUUCUGCUGAUGCUGGAAAUUUGGAGCAACAAACAAGAUGCUGGAGGGACUCAGUGGGUCAGACAGCCUCCUAUAGAGGGAAGUGAAUCUUAAAUGUCAACUGCUCAUUUCCCUCCGUAUAUAAUGACUGACCUUCUGAGUUCCUUCAGCAUUUCAAUUGUUGCUUUGAAUUAUAGGGAGUAGAUACAACAAAGGAAUAAGAUUUUGGUGUCACUCAAAUGCCAUCAAUAAUGUCUUCCCACUGAUUAUAAAGUUGACCCUGGGAGUAAACCUGUUACACUGAUUUGUAUUUAAAUUUCAAACAAUUACAACUGUGAAAGUGAUCUGUUAAAAGAAACCCUGUAUUACUGUAAUCCAAAAGUCAGUUUCUACACACAAAAAUUUGUAUGAAACUUUUUAGAAGUAUAGAGGAACUGUUAUGAAAGCAAUUAUAAGAUUGUUCUAGUAUUUUCCGAGGUAUUAUAUGCAUUAAGUUGCUGUGUUGUAAACAUUGAUAGUAAUUAAUGUGAUUUGAGGUUGCUGUUUUGCGUAAUUGAUCAGAAUUCUUAAUUGGAGUAUUGUUUGAUUAGAGAUCUGUGAUUUAGUUCACCGUAGCACAAUGGCUAGCACGACGCUAAUACAACUUGGGGAGUCGGAGUUCUGUUGUGGCAUCUGUAAGGAGUCUCCCUGUGACAGUGUGGGUUUACUCCUACAGUCCAAAAGAUGUGUUGGUUAAUUGGUUAUUGUAAAUUGUCCUGUAAUUAGGCGAAGGUUAAAUACAUAGGUGGGUUGCUGGACGAUGCGGUUAGUUGGGCCAGAAGAUCCAGUUUCAUGCUGCAUUGCUAAAUAAAAUAAUCUCUGUGCACGUUUACCAUGUUGGCUCUUCCUUUCUAAGCUGAUUUCUUCUGCUAUGUCAAUCUUGCUUGAGUGACUAUUAACUUGUCAACAUAUUGGUCAACUCUGGAACGCUUUAGUUUCCCUAAGCAUUUUCAGGUUCCUUGGCAUUUCAACAUCAUUUCGGUUACUUCCAUCAAUUUGGCAGGAAACGUCUGUGUUCAGGGAGUACAGGUUUCUGGAGUACUGCGAAUGGGAUUUGGUCUUCUACCUUUGUUAGCCUAAAUCCUCUUGUCUCCAUUUCAGAUGUAAAAUAACCUUUUUGGAGACAAAGAAUUUCCUGCAGUUUUCUUUCCUAAUCUGUCCAACUCCACCCCAGCUUCCUUUGUGAUAGUCCUGUUAGGAUCAUGUGGAAGCACAUCUGAAGGUGACAUGGUUUUCAAUAUUUCCUCCAUAGGUUUCGGUUUGAUUGCUUUGAAACUAGUAAACGAUUCUUUAGUCAUUCCUUAUCCGUUGUACCCAGUAAUUAUGGCGAUAGGUUUGAUACACGCUCCCAGAUACAUUUCUAGAUCCUCUAGUACAGGGGUUCCCAACGUUUUUUAUGCCACGGACCCCUACAUUAACUGAGGUGUCCAUGAACCCCAGGCUGGGAAUCCCUGCUCUAGUAGGACAUAGGGCUGAUAGGACUUUGCUUAUCUGGUGAUUUGAUAUAAUGGUUGUAUAUGUACAUCUGGCGCUUGAUCAUGGGGAUCUGAUUUUCCCUAUGUUAACUGAAGUCCUCUACAGGACAACUCACCUUAAUUCUACCUAAUCUGAAGUUUCACGUCCAUGCCAGUGUCAGAGAAUCUGUGGUAAUGUUCGAGAGACUGGGUCAUCUUUCUUGAGAAUCUUGGACACAAUCAUCUUAAUUCUAUCACUCUCUGUUAUAAUUGUAUUUGUAUAAAAGUCUUCAAUGAAGUUAAGCCUCUGAUAUCUGACUCCUGUAGUGAAUAGCUUAUGACCACCUGAAUUUAAUGCUUUGGUCAAAUGCAGAAAGACCAUUGCUUGCUUCAUGAACUCAGUGUUUGGCCCUCUUCAUGAUUUUAUUGUACCCCAUUGUGGCUGCAAUGAAGCCUUUCUGUUUGGUGGGGGGGGGGGGCAGAGUGGAG